AUUAUUUCUUUCAGUUGCUGUAGUAAUUUCUUUUUUCAUCUGUUGGUCACCAUUUCAUGCCCAACGUCUUCUGGCAAUUUAUGUCACAAAUCCAACUCCACUUGCAGUGACAACAUACACCAUCCUCACAUAUAUUUCUGGUGUGACCUAUUAUCUGAGUUCUACCAUCAAUCCUAUUCUAUAUCAAUUGCUGUCACUGAAAUUCCGCCAAGCCUUCAAAGAUACUUUUGGAUCGUGCUGCUUUUCUGAAAAAAACAGUAAUAUACCCGAAUUGACGUAUACAAGCACUUGUGGAAAUCAUAUUGAUUGUUCUGUUAAAUCGAGCAGACAUCGUCUCAGUUCCAGUUUCCAACAACUACCAUCAUUUUCGACUCAUAUUCAAUCGUCGAAUCUUCAGAAUGAAAAGAAAAACUUGUCAGCAUCUUGUGCCAAUGUUUGUAUCCAGGAGAAUGUACCCGAAAAAGUGUCUCUUUUAGGAACUCAUCUUACAGUUUCGAAUGUGUAAAAUCAACUCAGGACUAUUUUCUGGCCUUUCUUCAAUGUGUCUCUUCUAUAUUUACAUUUCGUUAGUAUUUCUAUUUUAA